AUGGCCACGACACCACCCCUCGCGACGGGUGCCAACCCUCCGAUUCCCGCCGAACAGCUCGCCGCACUUACAUCGCUGCUGUCGGGUCUCACCGCUGCCGCUUCCGGCACUGCCACACCCGCCAUGACGUCUGGCACCACUCGCACUGCCUUUCCAAAGCACGCACGCUUGGAUGGUGCGAAGACCUUCGCGAACUGGACACGCCAACUUCGCCUGUGCCUAGCGGACGACAUCCGCUCGUACGUCCUCGACGGUAUCGUACCCGACGACUGGACACCUUCGCAACGCUCCGCUUGCGACGCCGUCGCUCGUGAGGUCCUUGCGAAUUCGAUUGACUCGGCCGAAGUCUCGGCAGUCCUCGACAAAAUCCCUACCGCCGACCUGACAGCGCCGACAAUCUACUCGACGCUGAAAUCGCGGUACACCCCUGACGACGCCACCCGCACGCUCGAGCUCUUCUCACGACUCUGGGGUUUCCGUCCCAUGCCUGGCACGGUUGCCAAAUUCGACGGGUGGAUCAUGGAGUUCAAAGCCGUUGCGCAAGAGAUCAUCGACAGAAAGACAACUAUCAAUGAUGUUCUCACCACACUCCUCCUUGCAAUCGCCCACCCGUCCCUCGAGAGCUUCAAGGUGUCGUUCACCGAUGAACAGCGCACGCAACGAACUCUCCCCGACAUUGAUUCGCUUGCCGACCGUAUGCGAGUCCAACUUCGGUCAACGAACAUCCCCAGCACUCAAUCGGCCCUUCUUGCCUCGUCGUCGUCACGUUCUACCCGUCCCAAGUGUCUCGCCUGUCGCAGCCCUUCGCACCAAGUCGCGGAGUGCCCUACGAGGGCGCAACACCCGCCGCCAGGACCCUGUCGCUCCUGCAAGAAGAAGGAUCACUGGUCUCUCGACUGCAAGAAGGCGCUCGAGGACGGCAAAAAGCCCGACACCGCUGACUCGACCGUCGACUCGCAACACCAUGUCGGAUGUCUCGCCACCGGUCUUCUCGCUCGUCGUCGCCAGCUUCGCAACCACUCUUUUGUCGUCGACUCGGGCACCACUUUGCACAUGGUCUCGGACAAGUCGCUGUUCACGACCUAUCGCCAUAUCGCUCCUACGAAGAUUGGUGGUAUUGCAGGGGGCAUCAACGCCAUCGGAACGGGAAACAUCGCCUUCGUUGCCGCCUCGGGUCAUCCGAUCACGCUUACCGGCGUGCUGCACACUCCGGGCCUGUUUGUCAAUCUUCUCUCAGUCUCUCGACUUUGCGACACCGACGAUGUCCGUGUCGCCUUCACGAAACACGGCAUCCACAUUGACAAUGACAGGCAACGUCGGAGGGGAUGA